AUGGAACUAUACAAACUAAUAUUGCUGGGCAUUAUAGUAAACAACACGUAUUGUAGACUAAAUGAUAAACGAUUGGAGGAAAGUUUUAGUAGUAAUGGUGAUAAGGAUUUAGAAAACUUCCUGAGUGAAUUUGGAAAUGGUGAUGAGGGUGAAGAUGAUGAAGAUGACUUGGAAAACAUAAUUUCUGAAUGGAGUAACGAACCCAUAGACAUCAACCUGUUGCAAAUUACAAAUAAUGAUGCUUAUACUGGCGUAAGUAAGAUGAAAAAGGAUGGAUACGGGAAUACCGAUGGUUUUAAGGAUUGGAAGAGCAAAUUUGUGGUUGAAAUGACAAAGGGGAAGAAAUUGGGAUCAGGUAAAAAGGAUUAUAAUUUGAGCAAAGGUAAAGAAGUGAAACAGAAGGGGGAAUAUAAAUUUUGA